GGGUCAAAAAAAUCGGAUUUGAUGCGCUUUCGCCUGCAGUGUGAACCUUUUACUCGAAAGGGCCCAAGGCAGAAGAGGUUUCCAGCACAGCUAAGCAGGUCACAUUCUGUGGCUCAGUCUUUCACCAAAGAAGUGAUUCUCUUGCCAGACCAUCUAACUACACAUGUGCCAAGGCGUAACAAAAAAGCUUGGCUUUUUGAAAAUGGACAUAUAAAAUCUGCACUGGAGUUUAGCUGUGACUGGGACUCAGACAAAGUAAUGCAGGCAAUAAGGACUGCCUUCCAGCCAGUUCUUGAAGGAUGCAGGCUACAGAUUUUGCUGGCAUGCCACACCAAACUAGUUGAGCCAUCACUCACUUCCAAACAGACUUUGAAUGGAGACCUUGUGAAAAAACUGUUUCAUCAGAAGUCAAUUUAUGUCAGACCUGACAAGGUCAUCUUAUGUGAGGACAAUGAAUCAACAUAUUCUGAUGGAGAGAGUAGCCAUACGAGCAGGCAGGAUUUCACAGAAACGUUGAAUUCUGACAAAUGCGUUGAAAUUUCUAAAGAAGUUCCCUCAGCCAUUCCCAUUGUUAACGCACAGUCCAUGUCUGUUGAUGAUGAGGUCAUCUGGUGCGUUGCAACCCAAGAUAUUUGUACUGUUGAAUCUUCCAUCUCUGCUGACACCCUCACAAUGUCCACCAAUCCUGCUGUCGUUGCUACUGAUGAGGAUGAGCCUUACUCCAGUGGAACAUCUGCCUUUGUCAGUUACAACACACCUGGCUUAUCAGCGGGUUCUUCUGCCAGUGUUACUGGUGACACACGUGUCUUCUCUAGUAACACCUCCAGUGUGUCCAAUGGACCUACCCAGCCAAGUUUAUCCAGCACAUCCUACAGUACAUAUCUUGGCCUGUUUGAGGAAGAAUACCUGUCAGAUGACCCCGACCUCCAAGAAGCCAUUACAAGGUCUUUAGACUCAAGUGCAAGUGAAAGUGACGUCCAGAGCUUAGAGAGAAUCUUGGAGCAGAUUGUUACUAGAGUAAAUAAUGACAGCACUGUACGCUUCAACAUCAUAAGGCGAAAUGUGUGGGAUGGAGCAUCCAGAGCCAUGGGCAGAUCCAAUUUUUCACCAGAGAAAAAAAUAGAUGUGAAGUUUACUGAUGACUAUGGAAUAUCUGAGGGUGCUGUUGACAAUGGAGGACCUACUCGGGAGUUCUUCCGACUUUGCCUCUGUGAAGUCAAGGACAAACUUGGCAUCUUUGAAGGUCCACCCAAUGCUAAAGUUCUUACGUGCAAUUCUAAAGCAAUGAAAGAUAAUGGAUACUACUAUGCUGACCAGAUCAUGGCAAUGUCAAUUGCCCACGGGGGACAGAGUCCAUGUUUCUUGUCUGAACUCUUGUAUGAGUGUCUUCAAAAGGGUCCAGACAAUGUAAAAGUCAGCACUGAUCAUAUUACUGAUGAGGAAACAAGGUCACAAGUGCAGUCGAUCAUACAGGCCGAGAAUGAUCUACAGCUGCAAGAUGCAGUUGCACAGGCAGCCAGCUUGAUCAGUCUUGCUGGUCACAAUGUUUGCAUAACACUUCAAAACAAACAAGAAACUGCUUUGGAUCUGGCUCACUGGUAUGUCCUUCAACGGACCCGUGCACCUUUUGAAAGGUUCAGAGAUGGCUUGAGGUCUCUAGGUGUCCUAGAUGCUCUACAGACAUACCCUCUUCAGAUGAAGUGCCUUUUCGUGAAAGCUGGAAUGACUCUCAGAGCAACUGAUAUGGAGAAUCUAUUCCAGAUCAUUCACUCCGAAUGAGGGAGUAAUGCAUUUCAAGAUGAGUGCCGGACCCUGGCUUUCUGGCAAGACUAUCUUCAGGAGGCAGAAUUUGAAAAUGAUGUCUCUUUGGAAGAUAUUCUUGUUUUCUGCACUGGAUGUGACAGCAUACCAGCCCUGGGUUUUUCUCCAAAGCCAAGCCUUGAGUUCGUCACUAACUGCAGAUUUCCAGUGGCCAAUACUUGUGAAAAUAUCCUUCGUAUACCAGUUCAUGCAGUCUACACUACUUUCAAAUCAGACAUGGAUUUUGCAAUACGGAAUUCACCAGGAUUUGGAAGAGCAUGAUGUGUUUUCUUAAGGAUUGGUGACAUGAUGAGGAUUUGGUUUUUUUUCUAUUUUGCAUAUGCAUUUUUUAUUUUCUUGUUUUUUGUUAAUGUUGUUAACCCCGCAUCAGAGUACACCCUGGACAGCAGUAGGACUGUAUAGCCUAAAUAAGCUUCAUGUGUGUCUUUCAAAUUACAGCUUAAAUACCAGUUCAUGCAGUGCACACUACUUUCAAAUCAGACAUGGAUUUGAUAAGCCGAACAGAAUGGAUGGAAUAAUUUUGUUUCAGUUUAUACAUGUGAGGCAUUUUUUUGUUUUUUGAUUGUAGUUAAUUUGUUUUCCUGCUUAUAUGGCAUGUUUUGUCUCUGGUAUGACCCAUAGUAACAUUACAUUAUUUAGCACCCCUGCAGUGAGCAAAAUAAUAUGCCACAAUCUCAUUGUUAUAUAGAAUUAAGUUUUCUCAAAUGCUUCCUGUGUUCAACUAUUCCACAGAUGUGAAUUUUCAAAUGAGAUGAGUUAAGCUUUAUUUCAGUGUCCCAUUUGAACAUUUAUGCUUUACACAGAACUUUGUAUUAAUAUCAUUUAACGUUUAGCUUAACUCACAGGUUUAAAAAAUGUUUUUGUUAGGUUUUGAUAAAGUUUUGAAAAGUAUUACAGUAACCCUACAUACUAAAAGGUAGAAAGACAGUAUCUCCAACACUGGCAGCAAAGUUGUCUAUAAAUGUGACAGACAUUGGUUAGGUCAAACCUGGUUAUGUUACAGGUUGAAAUAUGAACAUUAUAUCACACUAUAUGACAUUACAAUCUUAUGAAAUUAUUAUAUAUUAUCAAAGUAUUAUAAACAAUAAUAAUAAUAAUGAUAAUAAACAUAACCUGGUUUGCAGGGAGUGUUUUAAGGAUUUUGUUUGCAUAUUUUACUAUACUACUUGAUAACACAGGCCCAUUGUAGAUUGUUUGUUUGUUUUUUUCCUCUUUCAUUUUGUUUUUUUAAGACCAGCCCUAUUAGUGCAGAAUAUUA